GGAGUCAAGACAGUCGCUGAUGAUAUUCUGGUGAUCGGAAAUGGCGACUCAUUGGCAGAAGCAAUCACCGACCAUGACGCCAAAAUGAAGCAACUAUUGGAUCGAUGCAGAGAGCGGGGAGUGAAGCUGAAUGGAACGAAAUUUUUGCUGAAGCAAACGUCAGUUCCUUACAUCGGACACGUUCUUACAUCUGCAGGGGUGAAACCUGACCCAGCCAAGAUUGAGGCGAUCAUUAAGAUGGAGAGACCCACAAACGUAGAAAGAGUACGAAGAAUUAUGGGAACCAUCAACUAUUUAGCCAAAUUUUUGCCACAGUUGUCUGACGUUUCGGAACCUUUGCGACAACUUACUAAGAAGGACGUUGUUUUUGUAUGGGAUCAAGUUCAUGACCAAGCAUUCACGAAGUUGAAAGAGCUCGUUACCAAACCGCCUUUACUAAAGUUCUACGAACCUGAAAAAGAAUUGGUCAUACAGUGUGAUGCAAGCGAAGGGGGACUUGGGGCUGCUUUAUUGCAAGAUGGCAGACCAAUAGCUUAUGCAAGUCGAGCACUCAAUUCGACUGUGCGUAAUUACGCUCAAAUUGAGAAAGAACUCUUGGCGAUUGUGUUCGCGGCAGAACGAUUUCAUCAGUACACAUUUGGAAGACCAGUAUGCGUUGACUCUGACCACAAACCAUUGGAAACCAUAUUUGCGAAGCCUCUCGUUUCUGCGCCCAGACGAUUACAGAGAAUGUUGAUGCGGCUACAAAUGUAUGACCUGAGUGUGAGAUACAAAAGAGGGACUGAAUUAUAUCUUGCAGAUACGCUAAGUAGACACUAUCUGACAGCGGUACAAGAGACCAGAGAAGCAGAUGUUCUGAAUUACUUGUCAGAUGUGGAGAUAGAGCAGGGAGAGCAUGAGGAAAUCAUGGAGAUCAACCAAUUGUUGGCGAAUGAAGAUGUUGCUAACAUGUAUCGAGAUAAAACAGAUCAAGAUGAAGAUUUGCAGGUGUUAAAGAGAGUCAUACAGUCCGGAUGGCCUGUGGUUAAGAACAACCUGCCAGCCGCAGUGGGGUCCUACUUUCAUAUCCGUGAUGAAUUGGUGGUCCAAGAUGGGCUGAUAUUACGCGGUGAUCGACUAGUUAUUCCUAAGGCACAUCGAAAGACAAUGAUGGAAAGUCUUCAUGCCAGUCACCAAGGGAUCGAAGCAACUCUGAGAAGGGCGAGAGAAACCAUGUACUGGCCAAAUAUGAAUGCGGAGAUCAAAGAUUAUGUAAAAAAAUGCGACUUAUGUUGUAGUAUUGGGCCUAAGCAAUCAAAAGAAACACUCAUCAGUCACGAGGUUCCUGACCGGCCAUGGGGAAAGAUCGCCACAGAUUUGUUCGAGUUCGAUGGCAAGGAGUAUUUGGUAACAGUUGAUUAUUUCUCGAAUUUUUUCGAGAUUGACCGCCUCUACAGUACGCAGGCCGUAUCCGUUAUUCGAAAGCUCAAGGCGCACUUGGUGCGGUAUGGCAUUCCUGAAGAAUUAAUAAGUGAUCAAGGUCCUCAGUUUACCUCUGGAGAAUUCAAGAAUUUCUGUGCGAGUUAUGGAAUGAAGCAUACCAUGACUAGCCUGCAUUAUCAUCAGGCAAAUGGAAUGGCCGAAGCCGCUGUUAAACAAGCUAAACGAGUCCUGAAAGUAGCCAAGAUGUCUGGACGAGACCCACAUUUAGCUUUGUUGGACCUCAGAAAUACUCCUCAAGAAGGUUUCAGUUCAAGCCCAGCACAGCGACUGAUGAGCAGGCGGACCAAAACUGUUUUGCCAAUUUCGAAAGGUUUGCUAAAACCAGCAGUUAUUGAAAACACGAAACAGCAAAGAAGAGCUCGUCAAGGACGACAGAAGAAAUUUUACAACUGGGGAGCAAGAGAUUUACCAGCAUUGGCUGCAGGUGACCAAGUAUGGAUACAGCCAGUCAAAGUUGGGGAUCGAGAAUGGAAGAAAGCAACCGUUUUAAGAGAAGCGGGUAUCAGGUCCUAUGAAGUCGAAACAGAGAAUGACCGAACUCUUAUUCGGAAUCGAAGACAUUUGAAGGAAGCAAAAUCAAGAUCUGCAAAUGGCGAUGAUCAUCAACAGAUCCAAGAAUUACCUAAAACACCUGAAGUUGCCGAGCGGGGAUCAAGCGAUUUUGAUGGAGAAACAGACCCUAUUCCCGAGCUUAUUCCGGAUCCAGAUCGAGGCGCCCAAAGCAGUAAUGAGUCCGGUAUGCUGUCUGGUGACAUGAGAGACAAUAUAAUUACUCGAACGCGGAGUGGUAGAAUUAGUCAAAGACCGAAGUAUUUGGACGAUUAUAGUACCUAG